ACCCUGGUGAUAAUUCUGAAUUUUUAUCUCCUGACAGGCUUGCCUGCUCCACAAGGUUAUCUUCUUUGAUGCAACGCUGACGAGUCCAAAACGGCAAAAGGGCGUAAUAUUGAGAAAGGUGAUUGAGUAUAAAUCUGGACCGCCCGAUCUCUAACUUCACCUUGCUCUCUCACCUCCUACCACCACCACCGCAGGCAAUAAUCACUCAGCCAUGUUAUCCUUCGUCGCUCUCUUUUCUGCCUUUUUCUUCGCCGUCGCCAUCGCCUAUCCAAUGACCAAGCUCCAGGAGCUCAUUGUCUGGAGCCCUACCAUCACCUCGCCCACCUCGUCCACCAAUUGGUGCGCUGGCACUCCACUUAAUGUGACUUGGGACAUGAUGGGUAUGCCUGAAGACGGCAAAAACUCUACAGGUCUGCUGUUGUUGGGACAUCAAACCCAGGACAGCGAGAAUCUUGACAUUCACCAUCCCUUGGCUAACGGCUUUCCUUUGAGUCGGGGUUGGGUUUUCUGUACGAUGCCGAAUGACACCGCACCCCGGUCAGACUAUAUAGUCGUUCUCUUUGGCGAUUCUGGGAAUGCGUCACCCCGCUUCAACGUCUCUGGGCCUGAUCCAGCUGCCCAAUAAACGCAUACAUCUUACCUACGAAGCAGUCUUCUCACUAGUCACAUGUUCGCUUUGUUGGACGACUUACCUCACGCGCUACAGCCAGUCUU